AUGAGAGAGAGCUUGGCCAGUGCUGCGGCGGCUGCCGGGAUAGCGCGCAAGCUAAGAAUGACAGUCAGCAUGAUUUCCGAGACAGCUGGUCUCAAGACCUCAGCACAGAUGGAUGUAUCGAGUGUCAUUGAUAUUAUCCCCAUUGAAGCUCACAGUCCAGCGCGGAGGAUUUGCGUUAGAUACUUGAACUUCCGAUCGCGGGGUCGCGGAAACGCUGCCGGCCUGCUGUCUUCGUUCCCCUCCGCGGGUGCCUUCUCCGAUCACGACGCUGCCGUGGCUCCAUCUCCCACGCAGAGCAUCGAGCUCGUCGACUUCGAUCGGGCGCACACCGGUGAGCGCAGGCAGCUUGCCACCUUCCGGGAUUCUGACACCGCCGAGAGACACGGUCCUGAGGUCGGAUACAAGGAUCGUCUGCCUGAAACAGGGCAGGGGCUUGGUCGUUCCGGACGCGGAGAAAAGGACGCAGACGACCUUUGUCAACAGCACGUCGAACGGAAAAGAUACUGGGAAGAAGCAGUUAGACAUCGCGUUCAGGUCGCGCGGGGCGAGAGAAAGGAAGCCAAAAUGAAGUUCUCCCACAGUCUUCAGUUCAACUCCGUUCCGGACUGGAGUGCCUACUACAUUGGAUACAGCAAUCUGAAGAAAUUGAUCUACGGUCUGGAAAAGCAGGUCCACCAACCGGAUGGACAAGAUGCCGGAGAUGUCGAAUCCGCUCCCCUCCUGGAUUCAUCCAUUGAUACAGAUACGAUCUUUCGACGGGCUCUCGACGCGGAGCUGGAGAAAAUAUGCUCGUUCUAUCAGGUCAAGGAGAUGGAAAUCUUUGCUGAAGUCGAAGACCUGGUGAAAGACGAGCGGGCCUAUGCUGCUGACACCGAUGGCAUCAACAUGGAUCCAGUCAGCGAGACCGUCAUCAAGGCGCGAGGGUUGAGUUUCAAUUCGAGACAGCGGCCCGGCAGCUUCUAUCGGACUCUGACCGUGGCCCGUGGUCGACGUGCAAGCACAAUUAGUGAAUCUGCCGGUGAGGAGGAGGAGGGAGAUGAUGGUGAUAGUGAUGACGAAGAUCAACCAGAGUCCCCGAACGGAACGAGACGAAAACGCUCCCCGUCUCGGUCUUCUCGUUAUCGAGACUAUGAUCCCUCAGAGGGAAAUCCUAGCGAACUCGGAGAUUCGAGGCUGCUAGCAGACUCGAGGAUUCUGGGCUCGGAAGGCCGGUCCACAGGUCGCCCGGCACUCCACGAAGACCACUUGCAGGACCCGCGGUUUAUGAUGCUAUACAACGCCGGCGUGACACUGAAGAAACGGGCCAUCAGUGUCUAUGUGUCUCUCUGUGAGCUGAAGUCGUAUAUCCAGCUCAACAAGACGGGUUUCUCGAAGGCGGUGAAGAAAUACGACAAGAUACUGGAUCGGAACAUGCGUCGUCAGUAUAUGAACACAACGGUCUCUCCCGCAUACCCCUUCACGGAUGCGACAAUGCGGAAGCUGGACGAGAAUAUUGCCCAGGUCGAGAAGGUAUAUGCAGAUAUUGUAACCAAAGGUGAUGUUCGCCUGGCAAAGCGUGAGCUGCGUCUGCAUCUCCGAGAACAUGUGGUAUGGGAACGGAACACCGUCUGGAGAGAGAUGAUUGGAAUCGAAAGAAAGGCGCAGGCAGCAAAUAUGGGAAUUCGUAGGACUCUGCUGGGCGGAGACCAGUCUCCUUCUACUGCUCAACGGCAAGGCGAUGUGGAAGGGACUGAAAUUACCGAACUCAAGACUCCUCUUGGUCGCUACAAUGUCCCAGGAUGGCUCUGCAGUUUGAGCUUCGGAACCCUGAUCGCUAUUCUGAUAAUUUUCGCUGUGCUCCUAAACGUCCCGAUUCUGAAGAAACCCGAACAACAAAAUUGUCUCGCUAUGCUGGUCCUUGUCAGCUUACUGUGGGCUACUGAAGUUAUUCCCCUAUUCGUUACUUCGUUGUUGAUUCCUUUCCUCGUAGUGGUUCUGCGUAUCAUGAGGUCCGAGAGUAAGCCCCAUGAACGUCUAGAGCCAAAAGCUGCAACCGCCGCGGUGUUUGCGUCAAUGUGGACUCCUGUCAUCAUGCUGCUGCUUGGUGGAUUCACCAUUGCUGCUGCGUUGUCGAAGUACGAUAUUGCCCGUCGGAUGGCGACCUUUGUUCUCAGCAAAGCCGGCACAACCCCCCGGACCGUCCUUGUCACCACCAUGUUUGUCAGUAUGUUUUUGAGUAUGUGGAUUAGCAACGUCGCGUCGCCGGUUCUGUGUUAUUCCAUCAUUCAGCCUCUGCUUCGAAACCUGCCUGCGGACUCGAACUUCUCCAAGGCUCUCGUUCUAGGAAUUGCUCUCGCUGCAAAUAUUGGAGGCGCUGCAUCGCCCAUUGCCUCUCCUCAAAACAUAAUCGCAUUGCAAAAUAUGUAUCCCAGUAUCAGCUGGGGCACGUGGUUCUUCAUUUCAAUUCCAGUUUGCAUUUUGUCGAUUCUCUUGAUCUGGGCACUCUUGCUCGCCACUUUCCAUCCCGGGCGAGGCACCAUCAUCGUCCCCAUUCGGCCCGUCAAGGACAGGUUCUCCGGCGUACAGUGGUUCAUUACUAUCGUCACCGUCGCGACGAUCAUCCUGUGGUGCGUUAGCCAUCAGCUUGAACACAUAUUCGGUGACAUGGGAGUCAUUGCCAUUAUUCCGCUCGUGCUCUUCUUCGGAACGGGUAUCCUCACCAAAGAAGACUUCAACAACUUCCUCUGGACGAUCAUCAUUCUCGCUGCCGGUGGCCUCUGUCUGGGCAAGUCUGUCACCUCGUCAGGUCUUUUGCACAAUAUCGCUGGUGCCAUCACCGACAAGGUCGACGGGUUGAGUCUCUAUGGUGUACUCCUGGUCUUCGCUUCAUUAAUUCUCGUGAUCGCCACUUUUAUAUCUCAUACAGUCGCCGCUUUGAUUAUUCUCCCACUUGUCCAGCAGGUUGGUGUUGGGAUGAACGACCCACACCCGAACUUGCUCGUCAUGGCCAGCGCGCUGAUGUGUUCCGUCGCUAUGGGUUUGCCGACAAGUGGAUUCCCCAAUAUGACUGCUAUUAUGAUGGAAGUUCCCCAAACCGGCCAACGCUACCUCCGCGUCCAACACUUCCUCACUCGCGGUAUCCCAGCCAGUCUGCUCUCUUUCGGUGUGGUGGUUACUCUCGGAUACGGCCUCAUGGUCGUGGCGGGCCUAUAGAGACGGUUUCCGUGCCCAAAGUCUCAUGUCGCGUUUUCCUGUCAUGUUUUCGAUCUAAUGACGACCUAGAAUGCCUUGCCUGGAUCUUGCGCAUUAGAUAUAUACCUACGCCAUUUUCAAUUCUUUUGUCUCUGAUUGGGUACUGUGAUAGCGAUGUCCGCUUAAGCCGUCAAUAUAUACUAUACUACAGGCUUGGAAGACGAUAACAUGUUUUCCUAGGGAUAAUUAUAUU